GCUUCUCAGAUACUUUCUGUUUCACCAUGAAUGGAGGGGCAAAAGUGUAAAACAAAUCAGCAUCCUCUUCGUGUAGGGUGUAUGGCCGAAGAUCCAAACUGUGACAUCCCUCAUAUCACAGUGAAUAAGCCCGUUACGCUCUAACUAGCUCGUGCAUUCCGAAUUCAACUCAAUGUGAUGUUGAAAAAGAGAAACCACGAGUAGCUUCUACCACUACCAUUCCCAAUGAGGUAUUCCCCAUUCAAAUACUUAUCAAAUCUCCGCAAAACCCUAACCCAAAACCCGAACUUCGCUUCUCCACGGAUUUCAACACCGUGCAUCUUCUCACGCAAUGAUCAAUCGAAUUCGGAACCCAAGCCUCGUUCCUUCUUCGUGCGCUGUUACACCAGCGCUUCGCAGCCUCAGGAUUCGGAGAAGGUGUCAUCGAUCGUGGACGAGGUGAUGGGGCUAACGCUGCUGGAAGUGAUGGACCUAGUGGAAGUAAUGCGCGAGAAGAGGGGCAUCAACGAGCUUCCGAUCAUGAUGUUGAUGGUGCCGGGGAUGGGUGUGAGGGGUGUGCCGAAGGGUGCAUCGAAGGGGGGAGGAGGUGGUGGCGGCGGAGUUGGAGUGGAAGAGAAGAAGGCGGAGAAGACGGCGUUUGAUGUGAAGCUUGAGGGUUUUGAUGCUGCGUCGAAGAUCAAGGUUAUCAAAGAAGUAAGGACGUUUACUAGCUUGGGUUUGAAGGAGGCCAAGGAUUUGGUGGAGAAGGUUCCCACUGUUUUGAAGAAGGGUAUCACCAAGGAAGAGGCCGAGACUAUUAUUGCCAAGAUGAAGGAGGUUGGCGCUAAAGUUUCUAUGGAAUAAGGAAAAACUGGAUGAAGAGCAAAACAUAGCCUAGAGUGUUUCUUUUUUUGAUCAAGUGCUGCAGCGUAUUCAUAGCACUAAAGUUCUCAUCGGCAGGCAAUGAAAGUCUACAAAUGUGUCUCAUGAUGCAAAGCUGUUAUGUUUUCUUGUAUUUGAAAAUUUUGCUGAGUAGACUAUGCUCCUACCUCUCUGCUUUUUUAUUGUUAUUCCUCCCUUACAUUAGGCUGUUUUUGCCUUGAAUUUCUCGAUCAUUUCUUAACCAAUGUUGUAUAAUUGGUUUAUGAUAGUGGAAGCAUUUUUUAACUGACACAUACAUUUUACUUGCUGGUAAAGUUCAAGACCCAUUUGGUUGUCCCCCGAACUACCAUGAUCAGGCAAUAAUGUGUAAUGGACAACUAGAAUUGAAGUUAAAGCUCUGAUUGCUGUCUAUUGAC